GCCUGAGAGAGCCACUCCCAGUGAGUUCACAUCUUAUUCUCAUCUGCAAGUGCUUGUUAGCAGAAGGAUUAGAGAUGGCACACACAGUAAUGAAUAACUCUGAAAGAAGCUCCAUUAUUCCACAACCAAGAGGAAAUCGUGCUGUUAAAGCUGCCUAUUUCUUUAUUCUCGUAUGUGCUCUACUUCUCUACCUACUUGGAAUUGGAAAUUUCAAAAGGAGUCAAAUUGCCUUUGCGAUAGCAUUUCAUUGUGUAAUUGCACAAAGUUGGCACUUUAUGGUCAGCCUAUGUGAGUUUACUGAAGAACUUGCUCAUGUUCACAGCAGGUAUAAUGGAGAAUACCUAAAGGCGUUACAAGCAAGUGUCAGUGCCAGGAGUACAUCUCUGAUGAUCUUAAAUGUCAUGUGCUGCUACAUUCUUUAUACAGAAGAUCCGUUACCAGGAAUGAUUCAUGUGGUGUUGCUGUUUCUCUGCAAUUUGCUAUGCAGAUGUUUUGGACUUCAGGAACCAACACAGGCAGUGAUAUCUGAAAUAACUGAGAAGAAACAGUUAAAUGUGGCUCAUGGGCUUGCAUGGUCUUAUUAUGUUGGAUAUUUAAAGUUAGUCCUGCCAGCUCUUAAAGAUAAGGUAGAAAAAUUCAAUGAAGAGAACAAUAACUUACUGAGGUCUCCAGAAACUAUGAAGCUAUAUAUUCUGAUGCCUUUAAGCUGCAAGAUAUAUAAUGACUUAAAAACGGAAGAUGAAAACAUAACAUUUAUUAAAGAGAUUCCUCCACUCCUCAUGGAUCGAGCUGGCAUCAAACAAAGAGUAUUUAAAAACAAUGUGUAUCGCAUUCUGGAUGAAGAUCAUCGGCCCUACUACUGUAUAGCGGAGUAUGCUACACCUCUUGCGUCUUUGUAUGAAAUGUCAAAUAUAACCAGUGCUGGCUUUAGCAAACAGGAUCGCACAGAGCAAGCUAAACUGCUCUACCGUACCUUGAAUGACAUCCUGGAAAGUUCACCAGAAUGCCAGAAUACUUUUCGACUAGUGAUAUAUGACGAUUGUCCAAGGAUUGAAGACCAUCAAGAGCAUCCCCUUUCCCAAAUAAUACUGAAACAUAUAAAGCAACAACAUUCUGAGGAAUAUGAUCUUGAAUUCAGAACUUUAAGGAGUGAAUAAAUGCUGUAUCUGUUUAGCUUUUGUUUCCAGAAAAUAAAAUUCAGUUCCUUAACAA